AUUCGAUUGGAUAGUUUAUUUAUCCAUGUUUUAAAUGAAUAUUAUAAUUUUAUUUAAACGUGAUAAAAUUUUAUACAGUAGAAAUAAGUGUAAAAUUACAUUUAAAUAUAAAACAUGAGUGAUUCAAAUAAAUCUUACUGGUCAUUUGAAGAAGAACAUUGUUUACCUUACACCACUACUACUAAUACUAUUAGUACUACAACAACUGCUACAUUAACAAUAACUACUACUGCUACUACUGACACAGAUCGUGUUAGUGGUACAACAGAUGCUUCAUCUUCACAUUUUCCAUUAGUUUCUAUGACUAUUCCAGUUAGUACUUCAGAUGUCAUUUAUCCAAUUCAUAGAUUAGAAAGUCAAUUUUUUGAAAGAGCAAUAGAAAGAAGAGGAUUACAACAUUCAGAAGGAUUAUAUAUUGAAAGUACUCCAAUAUGUAAGUAA